AUGUAUUACUGGGUAGCCGCUAGAAACGUCGCCGUUUCAUUUCCACGGUGGCGUUCCCUUUCACCCUUCCUUCGCUCUCUUCCACCUUCUACAUUCAUUUCAUUCGUUCCCUCUCGCUUCCUCACUCAAGUGAAUGGACAUGUUGAGAAUGUACCGUGUUCUAAAGAUAGGAAGGUUGUAAGGAGGAGUGGUAAAGUGACCAAGAAGCUCAAAGGACCAAAUAAUGUUUUAGAUGAUAAGGAUCUUUCUCACAUAUGGUGGUGGAAGGAGAGGAUGCAGAUGUGCAGAAAGCCUUCAACUGUCCAGUUGCUGAAAAGGCUUGAAUAUUCUAAUUUGCUUGGCUUGGAUUCUAACUUGAAAAAUGGAAGUCUGAAGGAAGGAACACUCAACUGGGAAAUGUUGCAGUUCAAGUCCAAAUUUCCUCGUCAAGUUUUGCUCUGCAGAGUUGGGGAUUUCUAUGAAGCUAUUGGAAUAGAUGCGUGUAUUCUUGUUGAAUAUGCCGGUUUAAAUCCCUUUGGUGGUCUGCGAUCAGAUAGCAUUCCCAGAGCUGGUUGCCCUGUUGUGAAUCUUCGACAGACUUUGGAUGAUCUAACACAUAAUGGUUAUUCAGUGUGCAUUGUGGAGGAGGUUAAGGGCCCAACUCAGGCUCGAACCAGGAAACGUCGCUUUAUAUCAGGGCAUGCUCAUCCUGGAAAUCCGUAUGUAUAUGGACUUGCUGAGGUUGAUCAUGAUCUUAACUUUCCAGACCCAAUGCCUGUAGUAGGAGUAUCUCAUUCUGCGAGGGGCUAUUGCAUUAGUUUAGUCCUAGAGACCAUGAAGACAUAUUCUUCAGAAGAUUGUUUGACAGAAGAAGCAGUAGUGGCAAAGCUUCGUACUUGUCAAUACCAUCACUUGUUUCUGCAUACGUCGUUGAGGCAGAAUUCUUCUGGCACAUGCCACUGGGGAGAAUUUGGUGAGGGGGGCCUCUUGUGGGGAGAAUGUAGUUCCAGACAUUUUGAAUGGUAUGAUGGCAACCCUGUCUCCGAUCUUUUGGUCAAGGUAAAAGAGCUUUAUGGUCUUGAUCAUGAGGUUAUAUUUCGGAACACAACCGUGUCUUCAGGAAAUAGGGCUCGACCUUUAACUCUUGGAACUUCUACUCAAAUUGGUGCCAUUCCAACUGAGGGAAUACCUUCUUUGUUGAAGGUCUUACUUCCAUCACAUUGCAAUGGAUUACCUGUAUUGUAUAUAAGGGAUCUUCUUUUGAAUCCUCCUUCCUAUAAGAUUGCAUCUAAAAUUCAAGCAACAUGCAAACUUAUGAGUACUGCAACAUGCUCGAUUCCUGAAUUUACGUGUGUUUCUUCAGCAAAGCUUGUAAAGCUACUCGAAUGGAGGGAGGCGAAUCAUGUUGAAUUUUGUAGAAUAAAAAACGUACUAGAUGAAAUUUUGCAGAUGUACAGAAUCUCUGAACUCAAUGAAGUAUUGAAACAUUUAAUUGAUCCCACAUGGGUGGCAACUGGGUUAGAAAUUGACUUCAAAACCUUGGUUGCUGGAUGUGAAGUUGCAUCAGGUAAGAUUGGUGACAUAAUCUCUUUGGACGAUGAGAAUGAUCAGAAAGUUAGUUCCUUCUCUGCUAUUCCUAAUGAAUUUUUUGAGGAUAUGGAGUCCACAUGGAAAGGUCGAAUAAAAAGAAUCCACAUAGAUGAUGUGUUUACUGCAGUGGAAAGAGCAGCUGAGGUCUUGCAUUUAGCUGUUACAGAAGAUUUUAGUCCUAUUGUUUCAAGAAUAAAAGCUACUACAGCCCCAUUGGGAGGUCCUAAGGGAGAGGUAUCUUAUGCUCGGGAACAUGAAGCAGUUUGGUUUAAGGGCAAACGCUUUCGUCCACAUUACUGGGCUGAUGGUCCUGGAGAGGAACAAAUUAAACAGCUUAAACCUGCUUUAGAUUCUAAAGGUAGGAAGGUAGGUGAAGAGUGGUUUACCACGCCAAAGGUGGAGGAUGCCUUAACAAGGUACCAUGAAGCAAAUGCCAAGGCGAAAGCAAGAGUUUUUGAAAUUUUGAGGGGACUUGCUACUGAAUUGCAAUCCAAUAUAAAUGUCCUUGUCUUUUCUUCCACGUUGCUUAUUAUUGCCAAAGCUUUAUUUUCUCAUGUCAGUGAAGGGAGAAGAAGGAAAUGGGUAUUUCCUACACUUGUAGAAUCCCAUGAGUUUGAGGAUGUGAAGCCAUCAGACAAAAACCAUGGGAUGGAAAUAAUUGGUUUGUUGCCUUAUUGGUUCAACAUAGCAGGAGGAGGUGCUGUGCGUAAUACUGUUGAUAUGCAAUCAUUAUAUCUUUUGACAGGACCAAAUGGGGGUGGUAAAUCAAGUUUACUUCGGUCGAUUUGUGCUGCUGCACUACUCGGUAUUUGUGGGCUUAUGGUUCCUGCUGAAUCAGCCUUGAUUCCUUAUUUUGACUCCAUCGUGCUUCAUAUGAAAUCAUAUGAUAGUCCAGCUGACAGAAAAAGUUCAUUUCAGGUGGAAAUGUCAGAACUUCGAUCCAUCAUUGCUGGAACCACCAAAAGGAGCCUAGUGCUUGUAGAUGAAAUAUGCCGAGGAACAGAAACGGAAAAAGGGACUUGUAUUGCAGGCAGCAUCCUUGAAACUUUUGAUAGAAUUGGGUGUCUGGGUAUUGUAUCCACUCACUUGCAAGGAAUAUUUACUCUGCCACUAAACGUCAAGAACAUUGUGCACAAAGCAAUGGGCACAGCAUGCAUUAAUGGAGAAAUAAAGCCUACUUGGAAACUAACAGAUGGGGUCUGCAAAGAAAGUCUUGCCUUUGAAACCGCCAUGAGGGAGGGAAUUCCUGAUACUAUUGUCAAAAGAGCUGAAGAUCUUUAUAUGUCAGUUUAUGCUAAGGAACUGCUUUCUGCAAAAUAUUUCCCAAAUCAGGAAGAAUUUUCUACUUACAUGAAUGUUAAUAAUUUUAAUGGAACACAUUCUCAUUCAGAAAAGUUUAUGUCACGAGCUUCUCCUGAGGGAAUUGCUUUAGCUAAUCAAAUGGAAAUUUUGCAUGAGGAAGUUGAGAGUGCUAUCAAUGUAAUAUGCCAGGAUCUUAUAAUGGAACUCCAAAGGAAAAAGAUCACAUCAGAGCUUAUCGAGAUAAAGUGUGUCCUAAUUGGUGCACGGGAAGAGCCACCUCCAUCAACUAUAGGUUCUUCAUGCGUCUAUUUGAUGCUGAGGCCAGAUAAGAAACUUUAUGUAGGAGAGACGGAUGAUCUUGAGGGCCGGAUUCGUGCACAUCGGUCAAAGGAAGGACUGCGAAAUGCAUCAUUUCUUUAUUUCCUCGUCCCAGGAAAAAGCCUGGCAUGCCAAUUAGAAACUCUUCUCAUCAAUCAGCUUCCUAGUCAAGGCUUUCAACUAACCAAUAUAGCUGAUGGUAAGCAUAGGAAUUUCGGCACAUCCAAACUUUGUGUGUAACUUCUUCAUAAAUGCUGAAAAUCUCCACCUCAAUUUUGUACAUUGGCCUGUUAUAUACAGAUGGUCUACUUUAAUCAUCUUUGUGUGUAAUCUUUUGUCUAUUGAUAACGAUGUUUAGGAAGCAGUCUGCAUCAUUUUUGUUAGAAUUAGUUGCUGCUGCUGCAUUUGU